ACCCUCCCUCACUCACUCUAAACCUCAUUCGUAAUCCCAAACACUUCGUUUCGAAGUGAAACGAAGUUUCGAAACGAAGUGUUGCUAUCAACGGAGGAGCGCCUCCACCGGAAAAAAACUCUCCGGCGAUAGUUCCGCCAAACCUCUUUCGUUCUCCGGCGCGAUCGUGGAUUCAAUCGCCCGAUUCCAGUUUCUCAUUCUAGUUGAUCGAGUUCGUAGGGUUUUAUGGUGCUUCCUUGGACACACGGUGGCGAUUUGCAUUACUCAGUGGGUGGUGGCACGGUGAAUUAUUGAGUCUGAUCAUACUCGUUUUUAAAAAUCAGAGAGAAAUGUCUUAUCAGCAUAAAAGCUUUUGGAUGCCACGGGAUGCUGGCUGCAUGGCUGAAGAAAAUGCGGGAUAUGAAAAUUCUUCCAGAAUUGAACCCAAGCGCAGUCAUCAGUGGUUUAUGGAUACAGGUGAACCUGAAAUAUUCAGCAACAAGAAACAAGCAGUUGAAGCUGUUAGUGGCAGGCCAAUUUCUGGAGUUUCACAUGCAAAUGUUUCCCAAUGGGACACCAAUUCAGGAUUUCACUCAGUCACAAGUCAAUUUUCUGACCGUCUUUUUGGAUCUGAUCUUGCUAGGACUGUGAAUUUGGUUGAUAAGAAUGUGCCAUCUAUUGUAAGUGGAAAUCUGAACAUGGGAAGGAAAGAUUUUGAGCAUCAAUUUGGUAAUGAUCCUUCUGUGGGAUUGUCAAUAUCCCAUUCCAUAGCAGACCCUUCAUCAUGUCUCAAUUUUGGUGGCAUCAGAAAAGUUAAAGUUAAUCAAGUCAGAGAUUCUGACAACUGCAUGCCUGCUGCAUCCAUGGAGCCCUCCUAUAGUAGGGAAGAUAAUAGUACAAUUUCAGUAGGUGCUGGCUACAAUAAGAAUGAUGGCGACAAUAUUUCAUUGGGUCCUACUUAUAACAAUGGAAAUGACAACACCAUUGCUAUGGGGAGCAGAAUUAGUAAGACUGACGACAAUCUUUCAAUGGCUCACACCUUCAGUAAAGGGGAUGGGGGUUUUAUGUUGAUGGGCCACAAUUAUGGCAAGGGAGAUGAAAGUAUCGUAUCAAUGGGUCAGCCCUUUGACAAGGGAGAUGGAAAUUUCAUAUCAAUGGGUCAAUCAUAUGAGAAGGAAGAUGGCAAUUUAAUAUCUCUGGGCACCUCAUAUACCAAGGUACAUGAAAGCUUUAUACCAGUUGGUCCAACCUAUGGUAAAUCAGGAGAAAAUUUCAUAACUGUUGCUCCUUAUGACAAGGGUACUAAUCAUAUAAUAUCAAUGGGUCCAACAUAUGAUAAGGUGGAUUCAAAUAUUGCAUCAACAGUUCCAUCAUAUGACAGAGGAGAUUCUAGUUCCUUACUUGUGGGUCAAAACCACCAUAAGGGUCAGAGCAGUUCCAUUUCUUUUGGAGGUUUUCAUGAUGACCCUGAACCAAAUACCCCUGGUGGAAUCAUUAGUGGCUAUGAUCUGUUGAUAGGAGGCCAGAACUCAGCUCAAGGAUUGGAUAGCCAGAACGACCUGACUGAGACAAACACUGAAUCACUUGUAAAUAGCAUUCCAAAACCCAAUACUAAAAAUGAUAUUGUUGUUAAGAACAAAGAGCCAAAGACAACCAAGAAGGCUCCUACUAACAACUUCCCUUCAAAUGUCAAAAGUUUGCUUUCAACUGGUAUUUUUGAUGGUGUUCAGGUGAAAUAUGUUUCGUGGUCACGGGAGAAAAGUCUUAAGGGAAUAAUAAAAGGAACUGGGUAUUUGUGUUCAUGUGACAACUGCAACCAGUCAAAGGCUCUUAAUGCUUACGAGUUUGAGCGUCAUGCUGGUGCUAAGACAAAACAUCCUAACAAUCACAUAUACUUUGAGAAUGGAAAAACCAUCUAUGCUGUUGUUCAAGAGCUGAAAAAUACUAAUCAGGAUAUGCUUUUUGAUGCUAUUCAAAAUGUGACUGGCUCUACCAUCAACCAAAAGAACUUUCGAAUAUGGAAAGCAUCAUACCAAGCUGCUACUCGGGAGCUUCAGCGUAUCUAUGGAAAGGAUGAAGUGGUCAUUCCUUCAUGAGUUCCAUUUUCUUCUUGAAAGUUCAGAACAGUGGUAGAUAUGUAAUCUGUUCAUAGUGAGUGAUUGGCAGGCUAAUAUUUUAAAAGACUAUUUAAAAUUGAAAAGUUUUAGCCAAUGCUUCUUGUAGGAACUCGAUUGUUUUAUUUAUGGUAAUGAAGAUGUCUCUUUUGUGAUUCA